AGGCUCACUGCGUGUCGGCGUGAACGAGACUUCCUAUAAGACACGGCCAGGUGCAUCUGGCCGCUCGAUUCCGGGUUUUCUCAGACAACUGUUACAAAUUCCCAUGCGGUGCGUUCCGUUCUGGGACGGUGGCACAGUCGGGGCUUCCCGACAGUCCAGCCAGGGCCGGCUGCUAUAGGAGGAAUAUUGCUGUUUCAAAGGCUCCUUUUCAAUGUGCGCAGGGGCGCCUGUCAUUGGUCGAAAAUUCAAAUGUCUUGACUGCUUCUUCCCAUCAGCUGUAAGCCUCAGUGAUAUAAAACCAAUAUAAGGAUCCUCGUGAGUGCCUCAUUGAUGCCCAGGUGGUAUCUCAUGACCACCUCAUCGAAGUCACAUACAUAAGCACCGGGGAACCCUGAACACACUGCAGUACAAAAUCAAUCGAUACCACCAAAAUAUUCAUUACAAUACGAAUACGACAGGCUCAAGCCAUCUUGUUGCGCGAAGAGCGACGACCACCCAACAUGUCAACAACGACGACAUCAAAGCUAAGGAUACGUCCUGCCCUCGCGCAUGAAGGGUCAGCCCUGGCAAAAGUCGCCGCAGCAGCCUUUGUAAAUGACCCAUUCGACUCUUACAUGUACCCAGCAAGGAAAGAGCACUACAGAUCCUACCAGAGGAUAUACCAACAAAAGUUGGACGCUCACAUCAACCAAUCCCUCUGCUGGGUAAUGGUCGCCGAGGUCAUCACCCAGGUGCACGACAAAGAUGGCAAAAUUAGCUACGAGGGCUCUGCACCAGCGGCGUACGCGAUAUGGACGCGGGAGUCAUCCAGGAAGCGCAAGCACACGCAGCGGCGGCUGGAGGCACUGGGCCUGCGGGAUCCGACCGCUGAUGUCUCGUUCACGCAACGACUAAAGAAACGGGUCAUGAAGUACGGACUGGCCGAGACCUUUCGUGACACAUCAUCAAAACCUGUCAUGGAUAGGAAAGGCUUCGGCACAUUCUGGAGGGGCCUCGGUGAUUCGGAUUCAGACAACAGCAGCGAGCCGGACUCAGACUCGGAGCCAGACGAGUAUUGGCAUCUUCAGGAUCUUGGGGUGGCGCCGGAGUUCCGCCGUCGUGGCGCCGCGAGAGCGCUGUUGAGCUGGGGCCAGGACUGGGCCCGCAAGGAGAAUGUGCCAAUUCUGCUCGAAGCGACACCGAUGGGGAAAUCUCUAUGUGAAGGAGCUGGGUUUCUUCAGUACGAUACCUGGGAGUGGGGUGACAAACCUGACAUGGCAUGGCAUAUGAUGCGGUGGCAGCCAUCGGUGGCAGCUUGAGCAUCGCUUAAUACAUCAGCGACAACAAUUGCUUUCGUGGAAUUUCAGCAUUUUCCUUCUGUUUGUAGUGGGCUGCCCAAUACAUCCUGAGCCCGGAGGAGAUAUCCAAGAUACCUAAUUCAUGAGAUUGCACAAG